CUCACCUGGAAUCUGCCGACGAACCCUCCCCAAACGUCGCUGCCUGCGCGUUUCAUCUCCCUCACUUGUCGUCUGCGCCUGUGGCCAGCCAUGAUCCGGCCUGGCCUUGAUCGCAUCCGCCUGCUCCUCAAGGACAUCCAUUUCCCCUGGAAGGCCAUUCACGUCGCCGGCACCAAUGGCAAAGGUUCCAUCUGUGCCGCCGCUUCCCACCUGCUGACCCGCAGGCUCAUCAAAAACGGCCGCUUCACUUCCCCACACCUGAUCAACAGGUGGGACUGCAUCCAUCUCAACGAUAAGCCAGUACCUCCUGCAAAAUUCCUCAAGGUCGAAAAUCACUUCAAGUCCAUCAAUGAAAAACAGGACAUUGGUGCCUCUGAAUUCGAAAUUCUGACCGCGACUGCAUUCCAGCUCUUCAACGACCACAAUGUUCGCGUUGGCGUCGUCGAGGUGGGCAUGGGCGGCACCUAUGAUGCCACAAACAUCUUGGACAACCAAGUUGUGUCAGUCAUUUCCAAAAUCGCCCGUGAACACCAAGAAUUUCUCGGUACUCACAUUGAUGAGAUUGCUGCUCACAAAGCUGGCAUUCUCAGACCCGGUGUACCAUAUAUCGUCAACCCUCUUAAUGAAUGGCUCGUACAGGACACCAUCGACAACUAUGCCCGGAAGAUAGGAGCUGGACCUCGCAUCCUCCCUGACACCCCUCAGCUAAGGGACGGACUUUUCAGAUAUCAAAAUUGGACAAAGCUAGCCGAGCGCCUCGUGCCUUACCAGCGAGAUAAUGUAGUCCUCGCUUACCUGGCUUUUGUCAGGGCGCUCCAGAGUAUCGGCGAAAGCUCCAAAAAGGCUCCCACUUUGCUUCCAUCCUUGAGGAGCAAGGUUUUCCCAGGCCGCACCCAGCGCGUCAGUGUUCCCUCUGUCAUAUAUGGCCAGCCUUUCCAUCUUACGGUUGACGGUGCCCACAACCCAGACGCCGCGAUCGAAUUGGGCGAAUGGGUAAAGAGGCGAUUGAGAAACAGUGCGAACAGAGACCAUGGCGAUUCCGCACCCUCUGAGCCUGUCGUCUGGGUGCUUGCCAUGACCAAAGGCAAGGAUGCUCAUGCAUAUCUUCAAAAUAUUAUAAAACCUGGAGAUAUCGUCGUGACGACAUCCUUCGGGCCUGUAGAUGGCAUGCCUUGGGUCAAGCCUAUGGACCCCGAGGAAUUGAAACGUACUGUCCUUGACAUUCAUCCUAAAAUGCUCGCCAUUCAUGUCCCUCAACCAGGAGCAUUACGAGCACUUUGCACCGCCAAAUAUAUGUCCGGGGGGUCACGUCGGGUUGUUGUCACUGGUAGCCUGUAUCUUGUUGGAGAUUUUUUGCGUGAGAAGGAUAUGAUAGAGCAGGACCCGGCAUCCUUUGAUAUCAGGACAAUCGAUAUGGAGGAGCGGAAACGGGUGAACGAGAUACUAUCACCCGCACAGUCCAUCGACAUCCAUAAUGCGGAAUCGAGAGAACAUGGAUCGGGUCACGAAGAAGCCGAGUCGCAGAAGUUGCUCGAGGAAAUCAAUAAGCUAAACCGUGAGAUGGAGGCUCUAGAGGUAGAGGAGGCGCGCCUCAAACGUUCGCUUCCGACCAAUGUGGAAUCAUCGCUUCCCGCUAUUUCGAGUAGUCCAACUACAGUGCCUGAUUCCAGCGCACACAGCACACGUCAUGAUGCUUCUGAUGAGGAAGAUUCCUAUGAUAUCCUUUCGAGAACCAACUCCUCCAAGACCGAAAGCGCUGGUAAUGAUGACCCGAACCCGUCGCAGACGUUUUUAAGGAUCAAUCCGCGACGCCCUUUGCCCGCCCUCACAGGGCUAUGGGAAAUAAAACCUGAUCGGCAAAAUCCGCUCCCUAAACGUUCGUCUAAAUAUCGGCUAAGAAAAUACGUUGGGUCUGGCAAAGGACAAUAG